CUUGUGUCAACCUUUGCAGUGUGCGACCCACCGAAUCGUCCACAUCUGAAAAUGAGUCACGUUCUCAGGCCCUCAAUAAUAAUGUAAAGGGUUAAAUCCCCGGCCCCGGGGGGGGGACUCCAAAGUCCGAAACAUAAACAAGACAAAAAUCUCUCCCUCCGAUCCCUAUUAAGAUCCGAAAUGCGUUAAGUCAGAACGUAUCAUCUGCUGUGCGGUGAAACUGGGCAUGAAGCUGAGGUGGCUGUUCCUUGCCCUCCUGGGUUAUGCCAGCGCAGGAUCCCCCUCUAUGUUUGGAGAGGUCACAUCCCCCAAUUACCCUCAGGUUUAUCCUAGUAGUGCCCUGGAAACCUGGAAUAUUCAGGUUCCGGAUGGGUACGGAAUCCGCCUGUAUUUCAUACACCUGGACAUUGAGCCGUCGGAGAACUGCGAGUAUGACUCUCUGCAGGUUAUCAUUGGAAAUGAGGUCCAGCAGGUUUUCUGUGGUCGCCAUUCCUUUGGAUCGAGUGGAUUCCCAAAAGAGAAGUUCUAUCCGACCACUCGCAUGAAACUCUCUUUCAGGUCUGACUUCUCCAACCAGGAGAGACAUACAGGAUUUGCUGCUUAUUAUGUGGCUGAAGAUGUGGAUGAGUGUGACACUGCCAACCCCUGCUCACAUUUUUGCAACAAUUACAUUGGAGGGUUUUUCUGCUCCUGUCCUCCAGAAUAUGAACUGCAAGAAGAUCAGAACACAUGUGGGGUGAACUGUAGUGGGGGUCUGUACACUGAUCUGAGGGGGCAGAUCAGCAGCCCUGGAUAUCCUUCUCCGUACCCCGAGAACUCUCGUUGCGGAUACAAAGUUGUCCUAGAAUGGGGCUACCAGGUUAUUCUGACCUUCAAGGCUCAAGAUUUUGACAUUGAGGCCCCUGAAGAUGGGAAGUGCAUCUACGACAGUCUUAUAAUAAAAGCCAAAGGAAAGAAGUUUGGACCUUACUGUGGGAAGACGCCUCCUCCUCGCAUCGAAACGGGAAGCAAUGAAGUAGAUAUCGACUUCAUAACCGACAGCGGAGGCGACAACAAAGGGUGGAAUAUCUAUUAUUCUGAGUAUGCCAUUCCCUGCCCGACAGACGUGUUCAAGAAUUCUAUACUCAACCCUCGGAAGGACAAGUAUUUUUUCAAAGACGUGAUCACCGUGAAGUGCAAGGAAGGAUAUGAGACAGUAUUAAACCAGAAAAGGCUGCCAUCAUUCAGAACAAAAUGCCAAGGAGAUGGAACCUGGUCACCAAUACACAAAUGUGAACCUGUGAAUUGUGGAGACCCCGAUGAAAUUGAUAAUGGUGAAGUUGACUUCACGGACUCCACAUAUGGGUCCAAAGCUGUAUACAAGUGCAGAACAGAAUAUUACACCUUGAUAGGCGAUGAUACCUUCCACUGCUCCGGUGAGGGACUCUGGAUAAACAGCAACAACAAAAGUGAACUUCCCAAAUGUAUAGGAGUCUGUGGAAAAACAUCAUUGUCCCAGAAAGGCAGAAUUUUCGGUGGGGAAAAAGCUAAAAAAGGAUACUUUCCAUGGCUGGUACGGAUCGUCAUGACUUCAAAUUUUGGUGGUGGAUCACUCAUAUCAGAUGGCUGGGUGGUGACGGCUGCCCACGUUUUGCCGGAAGGGGAGAUGCCUACGUUACAAGUUGGAGAUGUGGAUUAUCGACAUGCGAAGACAAUUCAGGCCAAGAAAGUGAUCAUCCACCCGGAUUGGCCAAAUGCGGAUGAUGAAGAUGAAAGGAAAAACUAUAACAAUGAUAUUGCCCUUAUCCAGCUAGCAAAAAGAAUCGAACUGGAUGAAUGUAUUUCCCCAAUAUGUCUGCCGGAGAAAGGAGAUACAAGCCGUCCUGCCGUAAGAGAAGUUGGGUAUAUAGCUGGUUGGGGAAAAGCAAAGCCCAAUAAAACGAAAGUAUUGGUAAAUGAACCAAAGAUAUUACAAUAUACUGGGGUUCCUCUCCACGAUCUGGAAAAGUGUAAGACGGAUAAGGCAAAAGCCUAUACCUUCACCUCAAACAUGUUGUGUGCUGGAGGGGACGGCCAUGACAGUUGUCAGGGUGACAGCGGGGGUCCCCUCAUGUAUGAAGACCGAAAAAAUAAUGAUUACAAAAGAUUUUAUAUUGCCGGCAUCGUCUCCUGGGGAAUAAAAUGUGGUGAAAUGGGAAUGUACACCAAAGUUCGGAACUAUGUGGACUGGAUUGAGAAGACGAUAGAAGAGGUGGAAAAUGAGGAGAAAAAAGAAGAGCAACCGGAACCAGUGAAAGUCUGUAAGAAUGUGUAACCUGUGUAAUAGGGCAAUAGUGUAGCCCGGCGAAUAAUCUGUUUACGUGUCGUCAGUAAUGGAGGAGGGUGAAAAAUUCCUUCUUGUCCUUCACAAUAAACUCUGUAUACACGCAAGUAAA